UGCGUUCGUUCUACGCUGGCAAUCCGAUCGUAUUCUUCCGCUUUAUUAAUUGGCCUCCGUCCGGUGCAGACGCGAACAAGGAAGAAAGAUCAACGAGUGGUACAGGAUGCAGAUAUUCGUCAAGACUCUUACGGGGAAGACGAUCACCCUCGAGGUCGAGAGCAGCGACACCAUCGACAACGUCAAAGCCAAGAUCCAGGACAAAGAGGGAAUACCCCCAGACCAGCAGAGGUUAAUCUUUGCUGGGAAACAACUGGAAGAUGGCCGAACCCUUGCUGAUUACAACAUUCAGAAAGAAUCGACUCUUCACCUUGUGCUCAGGCUUAGAGGUGGGAUGAUGAUUAAGGUGAAGACGCUAACAGGGAAGGAAAUCGAGAUUGACAUUGAACCCACUGAUACUAUUGACAGGAUCAAGGAGAGGGUAGAAGAGAAAGAAGGAAUUCCACCUAUACAACAGAGGCUGAUCUAUGCGGGCAAGCAACUGGCUGACGACAAGACUGCUAAGGAAUACAACAUUGAGGGAGGCUCUGUUCUUCAUCUUGUGCUUGCUCUCAGGGGUGGUCGAUACUAGAUUUUGAUCCCAGCAGAUUCUACUGGUCCUGAAGUGUUCUACAACGCUAAAUCUGCACUGAGCAUUGUUCUUCUUAGCACCAGACCAUCAUUGGUCUGGUUGAAUUCUACAGCUGCUUUGUGUCGAGCAGUAAGAGCAUUCAGAAGAUCUUGAAAUAUUGUGCAACUUUGAAUUCUUGAUGGUGUAUUUAUAAAUUGAAUUUGCUUUAUCAGAGGAUGUUAAAUUAUCAAAAAAUUCUAGCAAUUUCAAUUUUGAUUA